AAGAGAGAGAGAGAAAGAGGCGGUUGUUAUUGAAAGAGAGAGAGAGAGAGAGAGAGAUUUAAGCUUUGUUUUCCAAAAUUCUCUGAAGAACAGGGCAGAAUCAUCGUGAAGAACCCAAAAGAAGCCCUCAAAAACUAUGCAGCUGCCUCUUCUUCUUCUUCUUCUUCUUCAUCAUCAUCUUCUUCGCUCUGAUUUUUUGUCUGAUCGACUCUGUUGCUGCUGCGCCUAGGGUUUCCCUCCCUUCCUUUCGCAACUCCUCGCUCUUAUCGCAAGAGCUAUGCCGACGUUUACUGCUAUAGCCUUAGAUACCUUGCUGGAACCUGGAGCUUCAAAAUCUGUCGAUAAGUCUGUUCCGAGACCUGUACCAAAACCACAGCCUGGUCCUAAUCCAAAGCUGGAGAGGAGGAAUAGUACUUCAGUUACAGAAAGAAGAAGGAAUCGCCAUCCAAUUACUCCUGCACUUUAUGCUACUCCCGAAUCAACCCCGCUCCCUGAUUCGCCUACAUCAUUCCCCCCGUCUCCUUACAUUAUCAAUCAUAAGCGGCGUGGACCACGCCUAAAUAAGAGUUCCUCGGAGAGUAGUGUAUUGUCACGCCCAAAAGGCCAAGAUGAAGAAAAGGUUCAUGGGAAUGUGAAUAAUGCAGAAUCCAAGGUUACCAGCUCAGGAGAGAAGGAUUCUUUUACUUUCCCUGUUGCUGAACCAAUUCCUGAGCCUCAGGUGACUGAUUAUCUUGAUUGUGGAAGCAGUAAUGGUAAACAUGGAAAUGGUAGUGUGCAACUUGAAAGCAGUAAUGGAAAACUUGUCAUGACUAAUGAGGUACUUGUGAAUGGUAAGGUGGAACAUGAAAGCAGUAGUUGGAAUAAUGGUCAGGUUGUGGUUCUUGAUUCAAUGAAACAAGCUCCGUUGACUCCCGGAAGAGAUAGUGACCGGGAAGAUUUCUUUGAUCCUCGUGAUUCUAUGAGUUUCACGAGUAAUACUGAUGGAGAGGAUAAUGCUGAAGGAGAACGGUCGGCACAACUCACUACACCUAUGGGUGAAUUUUAUGAUGCUUGGGAUGAACUUUCUUCUGAGAGUGGGCAACAGUCUGUUGUUCGUGAUGUUGAAGCUGAAUUUCGUGAAAUGAGAAUGAGUUUACUGAUGGAAAUAGAGAAGCGGAAGCAAGCAGAAGAAUCAUUAAGUGACAUGCAAAAACAAUGGGAUAGGAUCAGGCAACAGUUGUCACUUGUAGGAUUAACGAUACCUGCCAAGGCCACUCCUGUUGAAGGGGAAGAACAGCUUGAUUCCGAUUCUGGAGAGGAGCUGUGUAGACAAGUAUACAUUGCUAGGUUUGUUUCAAAUUCUAUUGGGAGGGGCUUAGCUAGGGCAGAGUUGGAGACAGAGAUGGAAGCACAGAUCGAGGCUAAGAACUUCGAGAUUGCUCGAUUGUGUGACAAACUCCGAAACUACGAGGCUAUGAAUCAGGAAAUGGUUCAUAGGAAUCGAGAUGUUCUCGAGUUGGCACGACGAGAGAGGAUGAAAAGGGAAAGAAGGCAGAGAUGGGUUUGGGGCUCCAUCGCUUCUGUUCUUACACUUGGCACGGUCGCAUUAGCAUGGUCUUACCUUCCUUCGGGAACUGGAUCACCGACCCCUGAUACCCAGGUUCUUGAGUCUGAUGAUGGAGCAAAAUAAUGCUCUCUUUCGAGUGGUAGUAGUUGUGAAUCUAAUGCCACAACAUAGAUGAAAAAAGAGAAUAAAAAGAAGAAGAUAAAAAAGGUCUUAUCCACCCUUGUCUUGUGUGGAUAAACAUUCUCAUGUUGUUUAAAGUUCCAUUUUCCUGUGAUUUGAGAAUCUACAGCUCAAUCAUAACAUGGGAGCCGUUACUGGCAAAAACUAAAAAAGUUGAUAGGUCACAUAUAUGAUGACAUGAAUAGGAUUAGUCCUUAUAGUGAAACAUGUUUUUUCAUGGCUUCUCUUUGACAUAGAUCUCUAUGUCAAAGGCUAAAAACACUUAAUUUUCUGCACACACAUAAAAGCUUCUUACAGGAGUAAAUUGUUUUAUUUUAUUAUAUCAUCUGUAUCUAAUCGAUCGAAUUGAGAAACAAUUUUGAAAUCUUAUUAACAUCUAAUAGUACCUAUAGAGAGAGGUCAGUUUAAAAUUUUAAUGAGCAAGUUACAUUGUUACGGUGAAUAA